CUACAGCACUCAAGAGUUAUCACAACACUACACACUCUCACUCAUGUCAGGCUGAACACAGAGGGCACAUGAAUGCCAGUAUAGCAGUCUCUAUACAACCAAGCUUUCGGCACAAGCACACACAUGGCUUUGGAAAAACCACACAGGACCUUGGGAAAGGUCACCACUGUAUUUGCAACCAAGCUGAAGUCUUUCACCUUUGUGCCGCUUCUCAAAAGACUGCCUGCUGAGAACAGGAUCUGGAAAAAGGUACUUCAGACAAGCAGACCAAACAAGACUUCACAAAAGCCAGGGGACAGUGAGAAGAGCAUGGCGGAAGAGGGUGUCUACAAAGCAGAGGUUGUUUACGUCCAAGACCCUGAAGAGGGCCAGCUUGAAAAAAUUCUCAAGAACACCACUCAGAGUGAGAUUCAGUCAACUGACAAUUUAACCCUUAAACCACUCACCACGCUAGCUGGUCCUCACUCAGAAUUUGGUAGCAUGACCCCCGAGCCUAGCCCUGCCACCAUGGAAACCACUGAUAACAAACACCCUGGCAUUUCUCAGCUAGGCUUUCACAACACUUCAGAGACUGCUGAGGUCAGCUCAGGUCUGUUUUUAAAUAGCUCAACCCAGAGAGAGGAGGCCCUUAGCCCUGCCAGCUCCAUGGAUUUCUGUACUUCCCCUGCUUCUUCUAAGGAGUCUAUUCUAUCCGAGGGCUGGGACAAAGAGAGGAGCUGGUCAGCGCUCCACAUGUUCUCACGGGACGGUUCUCCCGGUCUCCUUAGUGGCACAGUUUCCCCAUGUUCUUCCAUAAGGUCAGGGGCCUUCACACCCUCUGUGGUGAGAAUCAAGCGGCACUCCUUGGCUCCGGGCUCCAGUCUGCUGCAGAUGUCGUCCACUUGCGGAACACCCUGCUGCGACAGUCAGGCAAGCUCACCGUGUCCUCUUACACCCCGUGCCCGGCACAGGCCUCCUCCAACCCAGCUAUCCCUGUUAACGGCCAUCCUCAGGAAAGGUCGUCUGCCCGUUCUGUCCUCUGCUUAUCAAAGACCUUACACACCCUGCUGGCCCAUCAGUCCAAUUAACAUGUCCUCCUGUUCAGCAUGCUCAGCUGCCUCUUCUGUUGCACCCAUGAAUGUAUCCAAAGCAAAGUCUUGUACCUUCAUAGACAGACCGUGUACUCAGUCUUUCCAGAUGUCAAACGAACAACUACGGAAACCAGACCAUGGUUCUCUUUCAGUAUCAUCAAUGGUCAAGACACCUAGUGAAACCCCACUGACAAAACCACCAGAAACACUUGAAUCAUGUCAACAUUUCACCAAAAUUAGUAGCACUGUCUCACCUACAAAACACAGCCCAGUCCAGGCUGCCAAUGGUCACCUGUCUAAAUCAGGUCAUAAAGGAAAUCGUUUACCAACAGUUCCUAGCUCUCUUUUGUGCAGCUCCUUGUCCCGGAUGAACUCCUCAUCUCCUAAAUCAAGCUCUCUGUAUGGCUCCAGUACCGAGAACCAGAAAAAUCCAUCAGCGUCAGGGGAUUCCCCUGCAUCUAUAGAACCAAACAAAUCAGAGUCUAUAGCAUCAUCAAUGCAGAACGAAGAAACAAAAUCCCAUGACUUGUCAGGAAAAUAUUUUCUUAAACAGAGUCUGAAAUCAUCAGAGCUCUCCAAUGAACCAUAUCUGAAAUAUAGAGGAAUUUCAUCUGAAAAUGUAGAUGAACCAAAAACUGCACAAAAGUCAUGUAAAUCUCUGAAACACACAAUUGACAGCAAUUCCAUAUCUCCUGUUUCAAGUCACAAGGAGAAUAAACAAAGUACUCUUUUCCAAAACGGACGCAAAAAUGAUGUUGAAAGAGUGCACCUAUCAUCCCCUGCAUUUAGACUGUCUCCCUCUCCCCGUCCCAUUGGUCUCACCCGCCUGUCCUACACACCUCCAGUCUCUCCUGCUUGUCCCCCAGUCCAGCCAAACUCCCGUUCCUCCACCCCAGAUCGUUACACCCUCUCACCUUCCCCAGCGGUCCUAAGCCGUCAGCUCUCUCCCUCACCCUCAUACUCCUUCUGUUCAUCACCCUCUCCAUCCCUAUGGGGCAGCACACCAGACUGCGCAGAUGGGGACUGUAAAAAUAGAAAGACAUACAAGAUAAAAUCUACCUACAAGGCACUGGCUGCUAUUCCCACAAAUACUCUGCUCCUGGAACAGCAGGCUAUAGAUGAAAAGGUCAACAAGAAAGAGGCUUCAUUCAACGCUGCAGACAAUUAUUCUUGGGAGGACCCACAUGCAGAGAUGUGCUCUCCUGCGCAGCUGCGUCAACAAAGUGCAGAACUGUACGCCACCAUUGAUGAAGUCCUCGAGGACUCGAUCCAAAGACGUCAAUCAGACCAUGUGAACAAAGCCAAUGUGAAUUCUUUGGCAGCGGAGACCUCAAGGCCACAGACGUCAUCGCCAUCUCCAAAACUACUGGGACGAGAAACAAGAUAUGCAAGCUCUCCUUUUCAGCCCUCUGUAACUACUGAAAAAACACUGACAAAGCCUGGAGUUAUUAGACCAGUCAUUACAACAUCCAGAUUUACAGAUGAUGAAGAAUGCCACACAAAUCCUUUCGACAACCUUCAAGGGAACAAGUCCAAUCGUUACCAAUACAAGUUUGUCAGCAGUGCGCACUCUGGUGAAACCCAAGCAGAUGGUGGAGGAGCUUCAGACGGGCAGCCAGCAUGUGGAGAGAGGCUUCCUUCAGAGCGACAAGGAGACUGUAAGACAAAGCUGGCAUCUCUGAUCACGCAGACCAGGAUCUCCACACAAGAUGUUCCCACCUCCAUGAAGCCCCAGGAGACACACAUAUGAUGCUUACGAGAGAGCUUGAUCUGAUUGUAUCUGUGACUACACAUUAAAAAGGCGAUUAAAGGCAGCACACAUCAAGCAUCUUGAAAACUAUUCAUUCCUCAAUUCAGGAUGCACAAAGUGAUUUUUAUCUGCAUGAAUGAAUAGUAAAAUGAUGUAUGCUUACAAACUGCAAUAUCUUCCAGAGAACAUCAACAUCAUCAAGUGCAUAUCAAGGUCAGGUUUCACCCCAAAAUCAAAAGUAAGAAAUAAUAAUAGUUCUAUACAAUAGACUUUUUUUUCCUGAUUUUGCUGUGAAAUGUAACGAUUUGAUAACUACCAUUCACCCAACAAUAGCCUAAGAAUAGAGAUGUAAUCACUUAGUGCACUUUUCUGUACAAUCAUCUAGUCAAAUAGUAAUUGCUCUAAAAUUGGCCUUACUGUCCACAUCACAUUUACAUAGUCACAGUGCCUUUGAUAUCAUGUGGCCUUUUCCAGUUCGUUCAGUAAUAAAUAUGUGCCAUGUCCAAGA